AUGUCAGCAGCCGAUGCUCGGACCGCCGAGGGAGGAAAGAGGGAGGGAGGAGGGAAGGGACAGGAAGGCACGAGCACGGAAGGAGGGAGUGGAGGAGUGCAAGCGGGUCAAGAAGGAAUCCCUGUGGCGAACGCAUUGGGUGCAGUGGCUACCACGAACCGACCCAUCAGACUCGACUGGGUGAAGCCAGUCACUCAGAAGGAAAAGGAGGAGGCAGGCAAGCAGAAAGUAGCAGCAGGCGUGUGUGACAAGACUCAGAACUAUGGGAAGCUGUAUGGGAUGGGUCCGAUUGCGUGGGAACCUCAGCCUGGCAAAUACGUGCUGAUGGACUGCUAUAGGAACCAGCGUGAGUCAGCAGUGAAAUGCCCCACCAUCGCAAACCACCUUGCCAGGGCAAAGAAGGUGCAGCAGCAGCUGGCUAGACCAGGCGUUCUGGAGAGGUUCGUUUCAGACGAGGCGUCUCUACAAGCCAUGCGGCAGUGCUUCGCAGGGCUGUGGAGUUUGGAGGAGGAAGGAGGGGCAGCGGAAGGGGGAGGCGAUGAUGGGGCAGCACGGAACGCAAUCAUUGCAAAGGCGAUUCAAGAGCCAUCAGAGUUUGUGCUGAAGCCGCAAAGAGAGGGAGGAGGCAACAACAUCUACGACGAGGAAAUUACCAGGAAGCUCACGGAGCUGACAGAAGCAGGGGAGGCGGGGAGGCAGGAGCUAGCAGCGUUCAUUCUCAUGCAGCGGCUCUUCCCCCCCGUGCAUCGCUCCGUGUUAAUUCGCCGCUGCCAGCACAGCUGGAACGAUACGUUGUCAGAGCUGGGAGUGUAUGGCACAUACCUGAGGAACGGGGACAGGGUGGUUAUCAACGCAGCAGCAGGCCACCUAUUGCGCACCAAAACGGCAACUUCGAACGAGGGAGGGGUGGCAUCUGGUUUUGCAGUGCUCGAUUCCCCGUAUCUCGUCUGA